AUGGCUUCUAUAGAGAUUCGUAAAAUGGGAUGGUUAGAUCGGGUGAUUGAGUAUCACAAAAACAAGUUUUACAAAGAUGUUCUGCAGACAAACCCUGUCGAAAUUAAGGCACAACUGAAGCCAGCUCCGCCAGGCUACAAAGACUCCUCAGCGUGGGACAGAGAUUCGGUCAUGCGUCUUUUACUCCUUAUAACGGAGAGCGAAGCAGCGGCACCAGUAAGGUUGGCUCUACGUAGAGUCUUGAGACCAACCCGAAGAUUUAUGAUGGAUAAGCAUCAGAGCUACAAAUACUUUCCUAGUUUGCACAAGCAAAUAGAAAACGACAUUUACUAUGAAGUGGAGACGGACGAGGACUAUCAGGGCGCGCCAGAUCAGUACAACGAUAUACCUGGCGAUGAUGACGUCAUUGUGGUCAGCAACCCCGUGGAAGCCAGGCUGCCCAGCGCUCAAAUCAGUGUUAGACUAUUAAGAGACAUACUAGAAGCUAGAGCGGAAGCAGGCAGAAUUACUCCGAAGACCACAAAAUCUACGAUUUAUUGGAAGCCGAUGAGCAGUUCCUGCCCCGGCCAUCAUAGCACGAAACCAGGAACGAGCAAUGCACAAAAUGCUACUACAGUUUCAGAAUCGGGAUCGGCCAGUGGAGCUCGAGAAACUACGUCUGCUCCGGAGGCCGCCGGCGCUGCUGAAAAUUCAACUAGCAAAGAUGCUCCGACAACUAAAUCCAAUUAA